UUAUUGCUUACUAUCAGCUUUCCUAGCCGGGGUCACAUUGGGCUCUCAACACUAUAUAUCUCCCGGUAUAAGUGCUACCGCUCCCUUUGUUCACAUAGCACACAUUGCCCAGCACCGCUUGUUCCCCUUGGCUCCGUCACAGCAAACAUUCUGUACUUGUCACAGCCGUUCGCUCCACCAUGCUGCAAACAUUCGAACCACCACAAUCCACGCCAGCUCAUUAUGCUUCGGCCCCGACGCCCCCCAUAUCCUCACCGGGCACCCCAUCCAACGCCUCGUCCUCAGCACACGCCGCAAAGCCCGCUUCCAACAUGACGAUCCCACACCACCAUCACAUCCUGAUUGUUACCGGCCCAGCAGGGUGCGGCAAGAGCACCAUUGCCAAAUUCCUCGCUAGCCGUUAUGGCUUCGAGUACAUUGAAGGCGACGAUGUAAGUCAAAGUCAAUGUUGACUGUGCUCCUCGAGCCUUUCUUACAAGCCUAGUACCACCCCAAAGCCAAUAUCGACAAAAUGGCUGCCAACAUUCCACUAAAUGAUGCCGACCGAUGGGACUGGUUGAUCCUUCUCCGAGAUGAGGCUCUAGCCGCUCUGCAGGAUGG